AUAGACGUUGGCCAUUCCUACCCACCGUCACCCUCAUCUUUGUGGUCUAGAAAUCUCCAUUUCCCAAUUCCACCGCCUCUUUUCCCUUCUCUCAUCUCCCCCGUUCUCUUUAGACUGGUUUUGCUGCCACCUUUUCUGUACCGCCAAACCGAAUAAACUCAGAGUUAAUAUUGGAGCCCUUCAAUAAUUUGCUUCACCUUCAUGGCUGUUUUUAUUGCUUGUUUAGUGCUUUUCUUGACCAUGACUGGUCAUUCAGCUGCUAAUUACUGCGUCUGCAAUACUGGGGUGGGUGAUGCACAGCUUCAGAAGAACAUAGACUAUGCCUGUGGAGCAGGAGCUGAUUGUGCUCCAAUCCUUCAAAAUGGUGCCUGUUUCAACCCCAACACUGUAAGAGAUCACUGUAACUAUGCUGUAAACAGCUAUUAUCAGAGGAAAGGCCAAGCGGAUGGGAGCUGUAGUUUUUCAAACACUGCAGCUGUGACUCAAACACCUCCAACUACUUCUUCCGGAUGCGUUUUUCCAUCUAGCCCCAGCAAUGCUGGCACGAGCCCAUCAACCAACCCAUCUACAUCUCCUACAGGCACAAAUCCAACUUCUUCACCCACAACUACUACUACUUCUACUUCUGCACCAGGUACUACUUCUGCACCAGGUUUUGGCCUUGGACCCUCCGGAAGUGGCAUCGGCAACACAGACAGCAUGGGUGUAGCUCUUCAGCAAAACUUGUUCACAUCUUUGGCUGCAACUCUUGUGCUUAUUGGCUUGAUAUGUCCAAGACUCUGAUCAGAGUCUGAGGAUGAGAGGUUUUCAAGUUUAGUGGGGGUUGAAUAUGUGGAUGAUGUUUUGCUACCAGAGAAUGUUGGAUUGGACUUUUGGCUAUGUGAUUGUACUGUGGAGCUGUUGUGGGAAUCAUGUAGGAAACUCUCACUAGGACUUCUUUUGUUUUAUUCCCCUUGUUUAAGUGAUAAAGUUGGGAAUUUGAUUCCCUUGGGGUAGUAGGUGGGGAGAAUGGAGAUGUGGCUUCUCCUGGGGUGGUAGAGUGUAGAGUCCGAUCUCCUUAGACUUUUUGUAUAUCUAGAGAGGGCCAGUAUUUUUUUUAUUGUAGUAAGAAGUUGCUACCCCAGCUACGUUAUAUAUCUUUAUUUCGGAAGGAAAAACCCAACGUGUGUGUA